GUGAAUUACUAUGUAAAGGCUAAUAUCCAGGCAACAGCUAUUACUGAUUCUGCAAAUCUACAGGAAAGUUGCACAAGAAUAAAUAUAUGUGCAGAACAGCCAAUUGAAAACAUGAAUAAUGAUUUGGAGACAUUGAUUACUUCUCCAGAAAAAAAGCUGCAGACAAAUUGGACGGAACAGAGAUAAUAAUUAUUCAAUUGGCGAGGAAAUUUUCAUCAGGGAGAUGACUAAAGUUCGAUUAACCAUGGAGGGCCUUGAGGAGCAAGUGAAGGAAAUGAUGUUGAGAAUGGAUUCCUUCCAGUCUCCUAAGGCUGUCAUGAGUAGUGACAUGGGCCAAAUCAAGGAAAUUUUAAACAAGUUUCCUCUGUGCUCAAUGGACGAACUUCGAGAAGUGGAGGAUAGUCUAAGAAACAACAAGGAUGUGAAAACACAACUGAUUUUGUAUUUGGCUAGGACAGGUGGAAAAUGUGCUAAAUCUGUCACAGUACAAUUGAUUAAAUUGAUAUUUGAUGAUGGCCUGGCUAGGAGAGUUCAGCUGGGCAGGGGGUAAAGGAAAGCACAAGUAUUGCGAGCUUGUGCUGUGCGAUAUCAUCAAUGAAACUGUUCUAAAGAACUUACCUAAUGAAACCAAGUUUGCCAUCUCAGAGGCUACAAAAAGCUGGCUGAGGCAUGCCAGUGAAUGGUAUACAAGG